CCUUCUUGCCCGUCCCUAUUAAGCGUUAGAAAUGAGCUCUUUUUAAAAAACGCAGGGAAAACACCGGAUUUGGCCAGAUACCACCGGAUUUUUGGCCUGAAAACCGUACUGUGGCCGGAAAAUUUCGUUCCGGCUAGCUCCAUGGACACCCAAAAGCUCGCGUAUAUGCUUCAAACCUUAGCCAACUCCAGAUCAUUAAACCAAGGCAAACUUCUCCAUAAACAUAUCAUAUCACAUGGCCUGCAAAACAAUUUUUUUCUAUGCAAAAAGCUCAUAGAUUUCUACUUCUCCUGCCGUUGUUUUGACUCGGCAAGGCUAGUUUUUAAAACCCUAGAAAACACAUUUGAAAUCUCAAUGUGGAAUGGCUUAAUGGCCUCUUAUUCCAAGAACCAACUUUACAGUGAGACAUUGGAGCUCUUUCAACAGUUGCAGAAGCUUUCAUGGCCAAAACCUGAUAAUUACACCUUUCCCAGUGUGUUGAAGUCUUGUGCUGGAUUAAAAAUGAUCAAAUUUGGAGAAAACAUUCAUGGGUUUUUGAUAAAAUCCGGUUUUGAGCAUGAUAUUGUUGUUAUGAGCUCUUUAAUGGGGGUGUAUUGCAAAUCUGAGAAUUUUAUUGAUGCCUGUCAAGUGUUUAAUGAGAUGCCUGAGAGAGAUGUUGCUUCAUGGAAUACCAUGCUGUCUUGUUACUAUCAAGAUGGGCAGUGUGAGAAAGCUCUCGAAUUCUUCGAGAAAAUGAGAUCUGCAGGCGUGAAGCCCAAUUCUGUGACCUUUACAAUUGCUUUUUCAGCAUGUGCUCGUCUACUUGCAUUAGAUAGAGGAAAAGAUUUUCAUGAGAGCAUAAUGAACAGUGAGAUUUAUUUGGAUGUGUUUUUGGGUUCAGCAAUUGUUGAUAUGUAUGCCAAGUGUGGGUGUUUGGGUAUGUCUCGUAAGGUCUUCGAGGCCAUGCCUACCAAGAAUGUGGUCUCAUUUAAUUCGAUUAUCUCUGGUUGUGCUAUGAAUGGGGACACUGAUUCAUGCAUGGAGCUCUUUAUAAGGAUGGAAAUGGAAGGUUUGAAGCCUAAUUCAACCACUUUGACUGGGUUAUUAGCAGCAUGUACAAGAACUUCAUUCCUGCAAUUAGGAAAGUUCAUCCAUGGUUACGUCAUAAAAAAUGGUAUAGACAAUGAUGUUUUCAUAGGUUGUGCAUUGAUUGAUCUUUAUUUCAAGUGUGGAAACAUAAAACAUGCCGAACUUCUCUUUUUGAAAAUGCCUAAGAAUAAUGUGGUUGUGUGGAAUGUGAUGGUUUCUGGUUAUGUAACACGAGGCCAUUACAAUGAAGCACUUGAAAUCUUUGAAGGCAUGAGGAAAUCUAAUAUUCAAGCCGAUGCUGUGACCUUUUCAAGUGUUUUAUCAGCUUGUUCCCAAAUUGCAUCACAUCAAAAGGGGAAGGAAAUCCACCAUUACAUUAUUGAGAAGGAGCUCGAGUCUGAUCUAAUGGUGGGUGGCGCACUAAUAGACAUGUAUGCUAAGUGUGGUUUGGUCGAAGAAGCACACCAUGUUUUUGAACGGCUACCAGACAGGGAUGUUGUCUCCUGGACAGCCAUGAUCGAAGCUUAUGGGUCAAAUGGAUUGGCAAAUGAUGCAUUAAAACUUUUUGAGAGAAUGUCGCAGAGUAAUGUGAAACCAGACAAUGUUACCUUCCUUUCGGUACUGUCAGCUUGCAGCCAUGGAGGAUUGGUGCAUGAAGGUUGUGGAUAUUUCAAAAGAAUGGAAAUGGAGUAUGGGAUCUCCCCAUCUUUGGAGCACUAUUCGUGCAUGAUCGAUCUUCUUGGGCGUGCAGGCAAAUUACAUGAAGCUUAUGAGAUUUUUAAAAGCAUACCCAUGAAAACAGAUGUAGGGUUACUUGGUGCUAUGCUUUCUGCCUGUAAUAUUCAUGGGAAUUUGGAGUUGGGUACGGAAAUUGGAGACCUUUUGCUUGAGAAAGAUCCUGAUGAUGCUUCGAUAUACAUAAUUUUAUCAAAUAUGUAUGCUAAGGCAGGAAGAUGGGAGGAAAUGGGAAAGCUCAGAAGAGAGAUGCGAGAGAGAGGAGUGAAGAAGAACCCAGGGUGUAGUUGGAUUGAGGGAGAUGAAAGAAUGCAUAUAUUUUUUGUAGGGGAUAAGUCGCAUCCCCAGUACAAGACCAUACAUGAAUGCCUCAAGAGUUUAAUGCUGCAAAUUAAGAAGGCCGGAUACUCCCCGAAUUUAUUUAGCUCAAAGACUGGCUCAUAGCAUCAGGUUCUCAAAAAUUAUUCAUAAGUCCAAUGAAACUGCUACUCUUAUUAAAUACAACCAUAAUUAUUGGGGGUGAGCCUGAAUCUUUUGAGCAGAGAUCUGUGAGUGGGUAUAAUCUCUGGAAAAAUCUUGAUAAGUCAUGGCUGCCCCCAAGAUUGUUAUGGACUUGUACAUUUCUUUGGAGAAUGACUCAGAUGGCGCCACAUUCCUCCAAUACUAUUCCCCGAUCAGGGUCUCGGAUUCUACAGUCGCUGAGGCUUUGGAUUUGCCUGAAGGCAUCCAUAGAUUUAACCCGCUCUGGAACCUCGAUUUGGUCAUUGAAGGAGAUUCUAGUAAAGUGAUUUCUUGGGCAACU